AUGGAGUUGCUAUUGAGCAGGGAGAACACCGGCGGGGGUGAUGAGUUCAUCCUCUUCCUCCACGACCUCGGGGUUUUGCCCUCGAAUUUGGUGCGGAGCUUCGUGCACACGCGGAAGGGCCUGCGAAAAUGCGCCGGCCUGCCAUCUUCCCGGGACUAA